AUGGCGGAUAACUCACAUCCCGAGCCCGAGAAGAAGGUCGAGUUCCAUACCGCACCUGGAACUGAGAUACUGUUCGAUGGGAGCGACAAUGGAAGCAUGUCCGAGCGGCUUCACCAACUGAAGCAUCGCGAAACAGGCGAUGGUCGCAUGUUAUUGGUCCCGCAACCUUCGAUUAACGAUCCAAAUGAUCCUCUGAAUUGGUCCACUACAAAGAAAAGCUUGACUUUCUUCAAUGGCUGUUGGUUUGCAUUUAUGGGUGCUAUUACAGGUCCUAUCAUGGCAGCUGGUAUGAUGCAACUGUCCGCAACCUUCGAUAAGCCCCUCCAGGAGUUGACCUAUGCGAAUGGAGCUUGCCUGAUCAAUCAGGGUGUAUGGAACUGUGUCUGGAUGCCGUUUGCCGUCAAGUAUGGCCGCCGUCCCAUCUACCUCUUCUCGAACUUCCUCAUGGCCAUCGCCUGCAUCUGGCUGGCCGUUGCAUCCAACAAAACCUACACCGUCUUCCUGGUUGGGCGUGCUUUCCUGGGCGCUUUCCAGGCGCCCAUUGAGUCGAUCGUCCCAUCAACUGUGACUGAUAUGUUUUUCUUACACAACCGCGGAGAGCUUAUCGCCAUAUACGGCCUGUCUGUGUUAGGAGGCAAUGAAUUGGGACCUAUGUUUUCUGGAUUCAUCGUGCAAGCACUCGGAAUGGACUGGGCCUUUUGGAUUGUGACCAUGUUUGUUGGUGCCAGCCUGAUCUCUAUGUUCUUUUUCAUGCCAGAGACCAAGUUCGACGGACCCCGUCCUGAUCCCUUCCAGCCCCCCAGGAUCGAUGAGGAUAAAACGCAAGUGCUAGUUCAGGAAUCAAGUCCAAUCCCCAAAAAGACCUUUGUGCAAGAACUCAAGUUCUGGAACAGCGGAGAUCCAGAUGUGAAUCUUCUCCACGUGUUCCUACGGCCGUUCGUCCUUCUGGCUUAUCCCACUGUCCUCUGGUCAUGCUGUGUUUACGGCAUGGCCCUUAGCUGGAAUGUCAUCCUCGGGGCAUCGGUGGCACAGCUCUUCGCGCCUCCUCCAUAUACAUUCAAUUCCAAUGGCCAGGGUCUAUUCUUCCUGUCUCCCUUCAUUGGAUCUCUUUUCGGCGUCUUCUUCUCAGGCCCAGGAGGCGACUGGAUUGCCAACUUCUUCACCAAGCGCAAUAACGGCAUUCGUGAGCCCGAGAUGCGACUCCCAACCUGUCUACUGGCUGCAUUUUUCACAUUCUUUGGUGCACUUUGGUUUGGACUAUCCUAUGAGCACCAAAUGCACUGGGCAAUGCCUGUGGUGGGGGCCGGUAUUCUGUCGGUAGGAAGUCAAAUGGGAACUACGCUAGGAAUGAACUACGCCCUGGAUUGUCACAAAGAGCUUUCCGUCGAGAUUAUGGUCACCAUUGCUGCUUUGAAAAGUUGCAUUGCGUGGAUCUGGACGUGGGUUAUCAACGACUAUGUCACUUCCAAUGGUGUUUUGAGUGUCUUUAUGACCGUUGCGGCUAUCAAUGUCGUGGUCUACUUGGUCUAUAUUCCCUUCUAUCUCAAGGGCAAAGAUAUUCGAAUUUGGUUGCACCAGAAGGAUUUCCUCCGGGCCGCUGGUAUCAUCUAG